UUUGUCAACUGUGAAAACGAUCGAAUGGAAGUACAUUUACGUUUUUAUGCACCAUUUGAUGGAUUUAUUUAUGUAGAAAAUUAUCAUCAAACACAGCGUUGCCGUUGGUAUGGUAAUAUGACUGAAUAUUUGAAUUUAACAAUUCCAGUGAACAUCAAUAGCCAAGAGAAUAGCACAAGUCCAUGUGGUGCACAUGUUGAUAAAAAUAAUGGUAUUGUUUCGGCAAUUCUUGUGGUUAGUCCACUUCGCGGUGUUCUGGUAUCUGGUAUUGCACAUCUUCAAGUUUCCUGUAUAUAUACCAUCAAAGAUUUUACAGUUACAUUUCCACGUAAAAACUAUACUCUACUUAGGUCAUUAAAAGCUGAAACUGGUAUGAUCACUGGAAUGGCUGCAAAACCAAUGUUAUUUAUGCAAAUUUUGGAAAAUCACGGUAUCAAUGGUAUUGCACUAUCAGAAGCAACAAUUGGCCAACAGAUUACUUUAGAUGUUGUACUGGAAAAUUCAGCAAUUUACGAUUUCACAAUUUAUUCAUGUAUCGCACAUGACGGUUCCAAAAGUUCAGAUGCAUCAGUUCAAAUUAUUGACGCUAACGGCUGUGCUGUACCUCUUGUUCGUGCCAUAGAAGAUCAAGUUUAUAAUGCCACUGUUAACGGUGCAAAACAUUUCUACAUUUACAUGUACGGGUUUCAAUUUACAUCUUCAGAAUUUGUGCAUUUCGAAUGUCAGGCUCGAACCUGUGUUCACGCCUGUCAAAAACAGGUUUUGUUGUUGCUGUUUUUUUUUUUUUAUUCUUUUUCUUUUAACAUUAUUGCUGCAUAUCUUUCAGGAUUACCACAAAAAAAUGCAUCAGUGAUACAACCGUCUACAGUGGUUCCAAUAGUUGCCGGACUUAUCCUAAUAACAACAGUGAUCGCUUUUGCUUUUUAUUUAAAACAGCGAAAACAGAAUAUCAAUGUAAACGAAUACCGGUCAGAAUCAUCUUAUACAUCUUCUGUUAUGCAUGGAGCUCCAAGACGAAGUUUUAUUUACCUGUAA